AUGGCGCCGCAGAAGGUGGUUGUGAAGGUCUCUUCUAUGAGCGACGAGAGGGUGAAGCAGAAAGCCAUGGAAACCGUUGCGGACAUCUAUGGUAUCGAUUCGAUAGCCGCGGACCACAAGGAUCAGAAGAUGAUGGUGAUAGGUGAUAUGGACAGCGUCGUGAUCGCCAAGAAGCUGAGGAAGUUUGGGAGGAUCGAUAUCCUCUCCGUUGGGCCGGCGAAAGAGGAGAAGAAGGAUGAUAAGAAAGGGGAGAAGAAGUGA